AGGAGGUGUCAGUUGACUCUUCACUGAAGGCUGCUUUUGCCUCCUUCUCCAGCAAACACACCAGAUACAUGGAAGCAGAAAACCAGACAGAAGUAUCAGUAUUCCUCCUCCAGGGUCUCUCAGAUGAUUCAGAACUGCAGCCUCUCCUCUUUGGCAUGUUCCUAUCCAUGUAUCUGGUCACUGUGCUUGGAAACCUGCUCAUCAUCCUGGCUGUCAGCUCUGACUCUCACCUCCACACCCCCAUGUACUUCUUCCUCUCCAACCUGUCCUUUGUUGACAUUUGUUUCAUCUCCACCACUGUCCCAAAGAUGCUGGUGAACAUCCAGGAAUGCAGCAAAGGCAUUUCCUAUAUAGAAUGCCUCAUUCAAGUGUAUUUUUUUAUGAUUUUUGCUGGAAUGGAUGAUUUCCUCCUGACUGUGAUGGCCUAUGACCGGUUUGUGGCCAUCUGCCACCCCCUACACUACACAGUCAUCAUGAACCCACGACUCUGUGUCCUCCUGGUUCUGAGUUGUUGGCUCACCCUUUUCUGGGUCUCCUUGAUUCAUAUUCUACUGGUGAGGCGGCUGACCUUCUGUACAGGCACUGAAAUUCCACAUUUCUUCUGUGAACUGGCUCAGAUUCUUAAAGCAGCCUGCUCUGACACCCUCAUCAGUAACAUCUGCUUGUAUGUUGCCACUGCACUGCUGUGUGUGUUUCCUCUCACUGGGAUCCUCUUCUCAUACUCUCAGAUUGUCUCCUCCUUAAUGAGGAUGUCGUCCAGUGAGGGCAAGUAUAAAGCAUUUUCCACUUGUGGGUCUCACCUCUCUGUGGUCUGUCUGUUCUAUGGGACAAGCCUGGGGGUCUACCUCACUUCUGCUGUGACCCAUUCUUCCCAGAGAAGUUCAAUUGCCUCAGUGAUGUACACUGUGGUGACCCCCAUGUUGAACCCCUUCAUCUACAGCUUGAGGAACAAGGAUGUGAAGGGGGCCCUGCAAAGAUUCCUCAGCAGAGCAACCUCAUGGCCAUGAUGGGCCACUAGCUUUGA